AUGCCCGGCAAGAAAGAUGCCAAGAAGGAUGCAAAGAAGGGUGGAAAGCCUGAACCAGAAAAAAAGAAAGAGGAGGAAAAGAAAGGAAAGAAUGACAAAAAGGGAGGAAAAGACGACAAGAAACCCAGCAAGGAUGAUAAGAAAAGUGGAAAGGAUGAUAAGAAAGGGGGGAAGGAUGAUAAGAAAGGGGGGAAGAAAGGAAAGGAGGAGCCACCCAAGGGGAAAGAUGAUGGAAAGAAAGGAAAAGAUAAAGGGAAAGAAGAAGAUGACGAGGAGGAUGAAGAUGAAGAGGAGGAAGAUGAUGAUGAAGAGGACUAUGGGAAAUCCAAAAAGAAAUCUAAAGAUGGCCAUAAAGGAGGGAAAUCGGAUGCUGAUGCAAAGAAGAAAAAAGGUAAAAAGAAAGAGGAAGCUCCACAGCUUCCAAUAAAGGAAAUCCCAAAGAAAGGUCUGAAGAACAUGUCCACAAUGUUCAUGAAAUUUUCUGGAUUCAAGAGACGCAGGAACAGCAGGAAGAAGCUGAAAAGUACAUCACGUUUGUUCCUGGGGUUAGGGAGGAGAAAGACCCGCCUUGCUAAAAAGAAACGCCGCAAGUCCAUGCUGAAGAACACCUCUCGAUUCAUGAUGAGGUUUAAGGCCAGCAAAAAGAUUAAAAAGGAGAAAGAGGCCAAAGAGAAGGAGGCAGCAAAUGGUGGGAAAAAGCCAACCUAUAUGUUGCUUCGUCUGGGAGGAGGGAAAGAAUCAAAUGAAAAGAAGGGGGGCUUCUUCAAAGGCUUAUUUGGAAAAAAGAAUGGUGCCGGGGCUGCUGACGACUUCAAAGUCAGAAGUGUGUUGCUGGGAAAGGUUGCAGCAGCAACUAACUGGCUGACCAAACGCUUCCUGUCCACAAAAAUGCGAGGGCGUAGAGCACAUAGGCAACAAGCCAGCUCCAGAGGUUAUCUCCAUGGUUACCAUAAUGAUGGUUAUGAGCAGGAGGAGGAGGCUUAUGGAUACAACCAGCAACAUUCAGUCCACCAGAAAGGUUAUGGAGGCUAUAAUGAUGGUUAUGGUGGUUAUGGAGACGAGGCAACUGCAGCAUAUGGAAGCCAGGGUCAGUUCGGCUACUAUGACAAUGGAGCAGGGGGAACAGAGUAUCAAGACUUGGGUUACUAUGAGGAAGAAGUACUCUAUGAUCCAAAUUCAGAAUAUUAUGAAGGUGGUCUUCAUGAUGAAGGCCUGGUGGACUACAGUAACCCAUAUUCCUCUGCCCCAGGCUAUUAUAACAACCAGGAAGUUGAUUACUAUGGUUACCAGCAACAACAGGCAAUGGCAAUGUACGGUGACGAGGGUCUAGACUACUAUGUUAUGGGUGAGGACCAAAUGUAUCAGGGAGAUGGAUUCUUUGACCCUCAGGCUCAUGGUUAUUAUGAUGAAAAUGGUCAAGGAAUUCACUACAGUGAUGGACAAGGGGGUUAUUAUGACAACCAACAGGCAGGAUAUUAUGAGAACCCUUAUGCAGCAACUAUGGGAAUGCAGGGGGGAUUUUCACCAGACCAUCAACUUAAUUAUAGUGAUGCUGGCAUGCCCUACCAAGACUACAGCUCUCAGCAGGCAAUUGGAUUCCCACCAGGAGGCCAGGAGGUCUUUGGCUUUGGAGGGCAAGGGAUGGGUCAGGUACAGGAUCUGUAUGGGGGCCAAUAUGCUGACCAGUUGGACCAAUAUGAAGUUGAUACUGGUGGAAUUCAGGGAGGGGAGAUGACAUUUCGAGUUCCUAGACCUCAAGUGCGUCUAUUUGGGAAAGAGCGCCUAGAUGUGCCCCUGCCCCCUCCACCUACUUUGCCACCUGAUCCAGAAUUUGAAGAUAUGUCAGAAAUACAGUAUGAAGACCAGAUUCCUCUUGCACCAGGUCAACUUGAACAAAUGAUGUUUUCUCAACAACAAAAUAUGUUGCCCCCUCAAGAACAAUUGAUGAUGCCCCCACAGACAAUGUCACCACUGCAAAAGAUGUCACCACAACAACAAAUGAUGAUGUCUCCUCAAGACCAAAUGAUGUUUUCUCAACAACAAACUAUGUUGCCCCCUCAAGAACAAAUGAUGAUGCUCCCACAGAUGUCACCACAGCAACAGAUGAUGUCACCACAGCAGCAAAUGAUGUCACCACAGCAGCAAAUGAUGUUACAACAAGAACAGGGUAUGUCUGCCCAAAUGAUGCCAUCACAGAUUCUGUCACCACAGCAGCAGAUGAUGCCCCAGCAAAUGAUGUCACCACAGCAGCAGAUGAUGCCCCAGCAAAUGAUGUCACCACAGCAGCAGAUGAUGUUGGCGCAGCAACAGAUGAUCUCUCCAGAAAUUAUUUCACCACAGCAGCAAAUGAUGACAGACCCGAUGAUGAUGUCACACCAACAGGGUUAUGGCCCAGUGUCGAUCCCCACUCCAACUGCCAUGAUUAUAAAGCAAGCAAGUAUGUCCCCGCUUCCUGCGCGUCGCAUACAAGCCUCCCCAACUCCAUCCCGCCGCUCUGUCAUCAUGUCACCCCAACAGAUGCAGCACCAUCCCUCUGCCAUGGCUUCCCCAGUACCAUCUCCUAUGCUUGCACAGAGACGCAGCCCCUCACCACAACCAUCUAUGAGGAGUGGGUUCAUUAAUGCCCAAAGACCCCCAUCUGUCAUGUUGAGACGAAUCUCCCCUCCUUCAUCCCCCGUGGCCUCGCCCAUCGCCCGUCGUAGAAUGCAACCUCAGAGGUCACCAUCUCCCCUGGCUCGAGGGCCCUCACCCCCCCACUCUCCCCGUACCUCCAUGAUCCGCCAAAGUCCUCCACCCUCACCAAGAGCAUCAAUGAGACAACGUUCGCCACCUUCCUCACCCCGUGCUUCCAUGAGGAGGCGAAGUCCCCCACCUUCUCCCACUCCAGCACGCAGCCCGUUUGGAGGGAGGAAGAUGCGUGGGCCACCUUCCCCUCCCCUAUCUCCUGGUCAUGCAUCCCCCCGUCUCUCUCCACAGCUCAGUAGAAGACCAUCUCCCUCUCCCUCCCAGUCUUAUCGCAGUUUAUCCCCUGCAGGGCACAGGCCCUCACCAUCAUCUCCUACCCUCUCUCGUCGCUCAACUCGGCUACUCAGGGACCCCACACCAUUGGCCCGGCCUAGGAUGGGGGGAAAUGUUCCCUUAGGUACUGUCAGACCUUCUCCUAUGGGUCUCCGAGGGCGCCCAGUUCCCCCACCCACCCAAAAUGUGCGUCCCUUCCGUGCCUCCUCCAUUCGAAGCAAUAGGUCUUCUGUUCUCACAGUGGACUCUCUCAACUCCUCCCCUUUUCACUCCCCCCACAUGGUCCACCGGGCUCCUCUGCGGAGGAGAGAAUCUGGCCGAUUUGCUCCUCGCCCUGUGGCUCGUGGACGCCCCCUCAUGGCACAGCAGUCUAUAAGAAGGAUGCCUCCUGCCUCUCCACAGCCCUCCUUGAAACACAUGCCAUAUUCUGCAUCACCACGCCUUUCUCCUCGACUUUCUCGUCAGUCCUCCCCUCUCCUGCUCCCUCGAGCUGCCCAUCCACCCACUUAUGCACCAGAAACGUAUGUGUCUGGCCCCUAUGCUGAUCCUUAUACUGAGCAGUUGCAUCAGUUUGUUCCCCCCUCUUCCCCCAUGUUAUCUGGUGCUUUGCAGAACCAGGCUAUUCAACAUGCCUCCUUUGCUUCAGCCCUUGGCCCACAACCAGCCCAGAUGGUAGGCAUGGGUGAGAUGGCUUCUGAAUAUGUAGAACAUUAUGCUCCCUCAUCCCCUUUGCUUUCUGGUGCAAUGCGAAACCAGGCUAUUCGAGAUGCAUCCUAUGUUUCCUCACUGCCGAGACCAAUGUCACUUUAUGAGCAGCCUAUGGCCCCUUCAUCUCCCAUGUUGUCUGGGGCCCUGCAGAAUCAAGCCUUAAGAGAUGCAUCUUAUUCUUCUCCUUUACAAAGGCAAAUGUCCCCUCGUGAGCAGCCUAUGGCCCCUUCAUCUCCCAUGCUGUCUGGGGCGCUGCAGAAUCAAGCCUUACGAGAUGCAUCUUAUUCUUCGCCUUUACAAAGGGAAAUGUCCCCUCAUGAGCAGCCUAUGCACCCUUCUUCACCAAUGCUGUCUGGAGCUUUGCAAAACCAGGCAGUGAGAGAUGCCACCUAUGUGUCUCCUCUUCAAAGACCUCAGUCCCCAUAUGCCCAAUCUGUACCUUCAUCUCCAAUGCUUUCUGGAGCCAUGAGACAUGGUCAGGCACUAAGAGGUGUGGCUUCUUAUCAGACUCCACAGCUCCAUUCACCAUACGGGCCGACUAUUGUUACUCCAUAUGAUUAUAUCUCUGAGCCUGGCCCAGCACCACUGCUUCAUGAUGCACUGCAGAACCGGUCUGGUCUGCAGAAUGUCUCAUCUUUAAGAUCCCCCAUGAUGCAACACCGUAACCCUUAUGCACCAGCUGGGCCACAGCUCCACAGUGCUCUUACACAGAACCCAAACCUCCGUCAAGCAUCUUAUCAGACACCUGUGCAACUCAGGCGAUCCCCAUAUGGACCCCCACCACCCUCUUCACCAAUUUUGGGAAGUGCCCUACAAAAUCCACAGCUGAUGCAGGCAUCGUACCGGCUACCAGAUGGAUCUUUGGUGUCACCAUAUGCAGAUUCACGUUCCUCCCCAUUGCUCGGCCAUGCCAUGCAAAACCAACAAGUUCGUGGUGCCUCAUACACCUUGCCUGAUGGAUCAAUUAUCAGGGACCCACGUGUGCCCCAGAGGCCCACGUCUCCUAACCUUUCCAGGGCUCUUCAGAACCAGGGUCUCAGAACUGCUUCAUAUAAUCUCCCUGAUGGCACCAUUAUAGACCCUAGACAGCAACAACCCAUUUCUCCAAACCUGGCCAAGGCACUAAAUAACCCAGCGCUGCGUGAAGCCUCCUAUUCUCUCCCUGAUGGUACCAUCAUGAUUGACCCUAACAAAAAGAAGUCCCCAAACCUUACAGCAGCACUUCAGAACCCCUACCUGAAAAGUGCAUCUUACACCCUCCCCGAUGGUACUAUCAUCAUUGAUCCACGGAAACCCAUCUCUCCAAACCUUUCCAAUGCUCUUCAAAACUCUGCUCUGCGGAAUGCCUCCUUCACACUACCAGAAGGGGUUCAUGACCCCAAUACACCCAUUUCACCAAACCUGGCUAAGGCCCUCAGUAACCCAGCCUUGAAAGGAGCUUCAUACACCCUCCCCGAUGGAACUAUUAUCGUGGACCCAAGGAAACCAAAGACCCCCAACCUGACAGCCGCCCUGCAGAAUCCCUAUCUAAAGGGUGUGUCCUACACUCUGCCUGAUGGAACCAUCAUCAUUGACCCACGGAAACCAGUUGCCCCUAACCUGUCUAAAGCUAUUACGAACGAGAACCUUCGUAAUGCAUCAUACCGGCUCCCUGAUGGUUCCUUGGUUAUCCCUGGUCAGAAGCCCUCCACUCCCAACCUUGCAGCUGCUCUGAGGCAAAACCAGGCAAUCCGGUCUACAGGUCUCUAUCAUCUGCCAGAGAACUAUGUGCUGUCAGGCGUACCCAAACCCACAACUCCCAACAUCAACUCUGCACUACGGAAAGAGGAACUCCAGGGUGUCCAUUUCAGGCUGCCGGAUGGCUCUCUUCUCACACGUCGGUUCCACAACCCAAGCCUGUCGAAUGCCAUCCAAAAUCAGCAGCUUCGCUAUGCUUCAUACAGCGUGCCAACAGGCCUGCAGGGUGAGGAUAAUCGCUAUGCUGUGGUUCCUCCCUAUGGGCCACGCUCAGGACACUGGGCCAGGAAUGCCCGAGGAGGAGGGGAAGGAGGAGAAGAUGUUUGGGCAGCUGAAAGGGUUUUACCACAUGGGACGGUCCAGAAUCUGUCAAAGUGGUCCAUGUACAGAGAAGAUGGGGUGUUAGAAGGAUUUUCACCCACACCUCGGGUUGUGGAUGGACAGCCUCAGGACACAGACUGGACUCCUGACAGAGAUAGAGUACCUGGUCAAAGCUGGUAUGACAAGAUCUACUCUAUUUUGAGCAUGCCCACAACAGGCCACAGGCCGAAACGCUGGGCAGAGGGAAUGGAGGACAUGACACAGCUGCCUGAGCUGAAUGAGACCACAGUUCUGAUGAACCUUAAGAAGCGCUACGACCAGGAACUUGUAUAUACCUACAUAGGCAGCAUCCUCGUGUCUGUGAAUCCCUACAAGUUGCUCAACAUUUAUGGCACAGACAUGGUGCUUCAGUAUGCGGGCCGCGGCCUGAGUGACAACCCUCCUCAUCUUUUUGCCAUUGCUAAUCUCUCAUAUACCACCAUGAUGGAUGCCAAAAAGGAUCAGUGUAUUGUGAUCAGUGGAGAAAGUGGGUCAGGAAAGACUGAAGCUACUAAACUGAUUCUGCGUUACCUGACAGCCAUACAUCACAAGUGCAACGUCACACAACAGAUAGAGAUACUAGAGGCCACACCCCUGUUGGAGUCUUUUGGGAAUGCCAAAACAGUGCGCAAUGACAACUCUUCACGCUUUGGCAAAUACACGCAGAUCUACAUGGAGGAGGGUGUUAUCAGCGGUGCCAUAACGUCCCAGUACCUGUUGGAGAAGUCCCGCAUUGUCUUUCAGGCCAAAUCGGAGAGGAACUAUCACAUCUUCUAUGAGAUGUUGGCGGGUCUUCCUCCUCAUGAGAAGCGCUCACUCUAUCUGCAGGAAGCUGAGACUUACUACUAUCUGAAUCAGGGAGGUGAUUGUACCAUAGAGGGGAAGGAUGAUGGGGAGGACUUCAGGCGUCUUCUGAGUGCCAUGGACAUCUUGUGUUUCACCCCAGAGGAGCAAAAUGGCAUCUACAGAUUGCUGUCCUCUGUCCUUCAUCUGGGGAAUGUCUACUUCCAGCCACUCCAGGCUGAGGGUCAGGAGGUUGCAUCGAUGGUGAGCGCACAGGAGAUCAGGGUGGUAGCUGAGCUGUUGCAGGUCUCACCUGACGGCCUGCAGAAGUCUGUCACCUUCAAAAUGACAGAUACAGUAAGGGAGAAGAUCUUAACUCCACUCACAGUGGAGAGUGCUGUGGAUGCCAGAGAUGCCGUUGCCAAGAUCCUGUACUCGCUGCUGUUUAGUUGGCUGACGGAGCGCAUCAACGGACGGGUCUACCCUCGCAACGAAGCCCUCUCCAUCUCCAUAUUGGACAUAUAUGGAUUUGAGGAGCUACAGGUGAAUAGUUUUGAGCAACUUUGCAUCAACUACGCCAACGAAACUUUGCAGUUCUUCUUUAACAGAGUCAUCUUCCAAGAGGAGCAGACAAAUCCCAAAGUGCUACAUAUUAAAAAACACAAACGUGCUAAAAAUAAAACCCAAAGAGAAUAAGAAUAGCAAUCAACCAAAAGCUCUGCUAAAAAGGUUGGUUUUAAGGCCACGUUUAAAAGCAUCCAUAGUCUGUGGUGUCCUCAGGUGGUCAGGGAGAGCAUUCCACAGGCCAGUCUACCAUAGUACGGAGCACGGUCCUGGGAGGUUUCAGGAGAUAUAAACAGAAUGGAGAGUACGUGUAGAGGUUUGUGGGGUGAGGAGUUCCUUGAGAAAGGGGCGGUGUCACCAUGGAUGCACUGGUGGGUGAGGAGGGAGACCUUAUACUCAAUACUGAGUGAGACAGAAAGCCAGUGGAGUGAUUUGAGGAUGGGGCAAUUGCGCACCCUCAUCAGGAUCCUAGCAGCUCUGUUCUGAAUGUACUGCAGCUUCUGGAGGCUUUUGCCGGGAAUCCUGGUGAGGAGCACAUUGCAGUAGUCCAGAUUGUAGGAGACAAAGUUGUGGACAAGCUUUUCUGCGAUGUUCCUGAAGUGGAAGAAGGUAGUCUUGUAUAGAUUUUUGAUGUGAGCCUGAAAGGUCAGAUGAGAGCCCGUUCUAACACUCAGGUUGGCGGCUCAUGUUGAAAGUGGAAUAUCCUGGUGAGAGAAGGUGAUGUUGGUAAUGACAGAUGAAUGGACCUGGUGUGGAGUGCAGACCAGGAUGGCUUCAGUCUUAGAGCUGUUUAACUGCAGGAAGUUUUGCUUAAUCCAAGUGUUUAUCUCCCCCAGGCAGGUGGGUGAUGGCAGGGCAGCAGAAGGGGUUGGGUUAGUCCUGAGGUAGAAUUGAGUGUCAUCAGCAUAGCAGUGGAAUGAAACUCCAUGCCGGCUGAUGACACAGCCGAGGGGGAGCAUGUAGAGAAUAAACAGGGUGGGGCCAAGCACUGAGUCUUAAGGGACACCACAGGUGACGUUGUCUGUCAGGGAUUAAUGCUCAGUUCUCCUGGUUAGGUAGGAUGAAAACCAGUUGUGGACAGAGUCAGAGAGACCGAUGGUGGAGUGUAGAUAGUAAAGGAGGAUGUUGCAGUCCACAGUGUCGAACACUGCAGUCAAGUCCAGGAGGAUGAGAAAUGAUGGAGAGCCAGCGUCUGCUGUCAUCAGCAGGUCAUUUAUGACCCUGACCAGAGCCGGUUCCGUGCUGUGGCCAGGACGGAAAGCAGGCGGUAUAUUUUUUUUAAGAUAUAGAAGUAGUUGCCAUAGUACAACUCCUUUUUCCAGCAGCUUGGAAAGGAAUUUGAGGUUGGAGAUGGGCCUGUAGUUGGCAAAGACUUCUAGGUCUAAGGUGGGUUAUUUGAGAAUAGGCUGUGAGUCGGGAGAGGCAGGUUGAAGUGAGCAGGACAGGAGGGAGAGGAUGGUGUCUACUUUUUUCCUGAAAAAAAAAAGUGGUCAGAAUUAGGGCUGCAUCUAACGAUGAUUUUAGUAUUGGAAGCUUCGAUAGAUUAUUUCAACGAUUCAUCGAUGUGUCGUUUAAGUACUUUUGCUUGCCCCCCCCAACGGGAUCAGCUGUGCACUUUUAUAGGUGAUAGAUAUUUAUUAGUCCUUUCAGAAAUUCAUAGUGUCAUACAGCAAACAUCCGACCAACAACCAGACAGCUGCUUUACAAACACAAACAUCACCCAAGUGCUAUACAAGUUAUGCUAAAGGCUCGUGCAGACUACACGACUUUCAGCAUCGGCCGAUGGCCGGGCCGUUCACACAACUUGUAUGACAGCAGUCUUGAAGUUGUUGUGGCGUUCACACUGCAUGACUGAUCGAUGACAGG